AUGCUCAGCCAAUCAGCAGCCUCAGCUGAGCUUCCUCCUCCUCUCCUGCUCAGCAGGAUGAGUAUGUUCCUACUGCUGAUGAUCCGGGUCGCUUCUGGUGCUGAUGCUGCUGUUGGGUCGUAGAGUCCAGGCCAUGCUUACAUUACAAUGAUCAUGCUUUGCAACACAGACCCAAACCCUCAUGUCUCUGGGGGCAGAAAUACACAGAACACGGUGACAACAGAGAGAGAUGUUUCGUACUGCUGAUAAGAAGACACAAGAGCAAAGGCCCAUCUGGACCUUGACAGACCCACAGGAAUCUCAGAAAUGGCGAAGAGAGAUUACCUGGUGGAAGCUGCCAAGCAGAUCCGAAUGGCUUUGGACAGCGAGGUCAACGAAGACUACGAGGCGGCCUUCAGUUACUACAAGAACGGAGUGGACUUACUGCUGAAUGGAGUUCAGUUGGACCCCAACAAAGAUAGGAGGGAAGCUGUGAAGAGGAAGACAACCCAGUAUCUGAAACGAGCUGAAGAAAUCUUUAUAACCCAUCUGCAGGAUAACCUAGGAAAAGGAGGGACUCAUUUAGGGGGCUACAGCAGUCUGAGAUUUCGCCCGAUCCGACACCUGAGUUCUCCCGUAGAGGAUCUGGAAAUGUGUAAAGUGGUGGGAGUCAGCGAUAAGGUCCUGAUUGUGCAAAGCAUGGUCAACAAAGAGACGCUUGUUGUAAAGAGCCUUGUCAAAUCGAGCUGGGAGAGCAGAGACCAAACGACCAUUAUUCCUCAAGGUGUGCCCUACAUGGUGAAGCUGCUACGGUAUUAUGUCAGUGAGGAUGCUGUGUACCUGCAUCUGGAGCAUGUCAAGGGUGGGAGGCUUUUCUCCAAGUUGCACAAACUUAGAAGUGAGAAAGCCAGGGAACACCUGGACCCAUGCUUCACCUCUGGGCAGCACAAUGUCAAGCUGAAGACAAGCCACACCUCACCUGCAAUCAGCAGAGACUACCAGCACAACAGCAGAAGCACAGCAGCGAUUCCACACAAACUGACCGACGAGAGUCCAGAUACAGACUUCCCAAACUCAUGGGACGAGACUCAGCAACGACUGGAAAGCUGUGGGACUCACUCCUACAUAGAGGAGACAGGUUGUCUCCAGAACACCCGAUCGGCCGCAUCAUUUUACACCAAGCUGGAUCAGCUGACGCUGCUCUCCGGCCUCACGAGGACACAAGUCAACACCCACAUCCAUCCACCAGCCCCUAGUUUGUGUUUGCAUUCCAACAAAGCUCAGGAAAAGCCAGCUCUUCCUCUCUCUUGUACCCGUGUCAGCCAAACUCUUGAUGUCAUGUCAGAACUCCAUAAAAAGAAGGCCGGGAUAGGACUCAUAGAGUGCAGUACGGACUUCGAGGCAGCCUGGAAAGCUUCAGACCCAGCGCACAGCUAUAACAAAACCAACCUCUAUGCAGUGACUGGCAAUAAUUUGCAAAGAGCAACAUCUCAGACAAAUCAGAUCUCGUUUAAAAGAACAGAACCUCCUAAAAGUCAGAAAGACGCUUUGAGUUCCUCUCCUGCCAUUCUGCAUCUCCCUCUCCAUUGCCAAACCCAAAUCCGUGGCAGAGCAUCAUGGGAAACUAAUGGCUCUCAUCAGGGAUCUUUUGUUGCUGAAAGUUCUGAAGAGAUAAAUGCAGAGUCGAAGGAAGAAAUCAGUCCCCUUGUAGAAGAAAGAAAUGGAAUGAUAGUCAUCAGGAGUACUGACAGAGCAGUAUUUUCUGACCAUGUGGACACAACCAUCCUCUCUGAAAGUUCAUGUGAUUUUUCUGCUGGAAGCGUUAAUACACAGGUGAAGUCAUCAGGAGUAUGUCAAAAAAGAGAAAAUUGUCCCAGAGGUGAAAAACAGGGUAUCGAAGUAGCGUGUGAAGUAGUGAGUCCUGGAGGAAAGAACCUAAAAGCAGAAUCAUAUGUAAGCUGGUUUUCUCCCGACCCACUGGGAGCCACAUCCCACAGUGACAGAAACAACAUCGAGAGACCAGAGAGGCACGAAGAAGACCAGAUCAUUGAGGUGGACGGCUGGUGUCACCUGAUGCGGAUUCCUGCCACAACCUCCAAGCCUGCAGAGAAGGCCCUGCAGAGCUACUGGGGGCUUCCAGAAGGAGAGGUGCGUGUGUGGGGGGCGCAGAUUGUGUUGGCCCUGGAGAGUCUGCACGAGCAAGGCAUCUUGUGUCGGGAUCUCAACCCGAGGAACAUUUUGCUCACCGGCAAUGGAAAGGUGUGUUUGACGUUUUUCAGCCAGUGGAGUGAGGUUCAGUCAGAGAUUAGCUCCAAAGCCAUGGAGCAGAUGUACUGUGCUCCAGAAAUCGGAGGAGUGUCAAGGAUUACAGAGGCUUGUGACUGGUGGAGUCUCGGGGCUUUGCUCUUUGAACUUCUAACAGGAAUGCCCCUCUGGCAGCUCCAUCCAGCGGGAAUCCAUUCCCACACCCAGCUGCUCAUCCCCGACCACCUAAGUGCUGCAGCUGCAUCCCUGCUCACUGAGCUGCUUCAGUUCGACGCAGGUUAUCGCUUGGGUUCUGGAGGUGGAGGAGUAAGCGACAUCAAAUGCCACCCCUUCUUCAGCGGUGUCUCCUGGAAAGCUCUGUCCUGCUAGCAGACCUCCCAUCAUUUGUGCCAUUCUGGACUUUAAAAAAAUCAAAAACAGAUCUGCUGGAUUAAAGCAUCCCGCAAUGUUACAGGAGCUUCCCAAAGAAAAGGUUCAACAAAGCUUGGGGAUACCCAGUGCCUUGCAAAAGUAUUCAUACCACUUGACUUUGAUCACAUUACAAACAUUAUUGCACUGGAAUUUUAUGUGGCCGAGUGACACAAACUAGCCCAGUUUCCAAAAUAUAUAUAUAUAUUAAAUGAUUUUUAUCUUUGAAUAUAUAUAACUGCAGUAAUGGUAAAGUUUCUUUUUUUCACUUCUCUCCCUGAAGUGAAUAAUUAUAACCAUCUUUAUUCUAUAAGCAUGGAAAAUAGGCUUUGAUCAAAACCUGGAGUACCUGGGUCCAGACUUAGAAGAGCUACUAUCAGGAAACUUUUCACACCAUUAACUUUUCCAAAAAAAAACCAAAACAAAAAAAAAAGCCCUAAAUCAAAAUAUUUAAUUUCCU